GUCCUGGUCCGCGCGGCCAACCUGACGGCGGCCGAGGACGUGUACGAUUCGCGGGGUUAUGCAGUUCGGAAGGACUGGGUGAAUGGACCAAACAAGGUCUUCCGCUUCGUCCUCAGAAGUUUUUUCGAUGGAGGCUACGCCUCCAACUAUUCUUCUUUCUUCUUUAUGGAGUUAGAUGCCGUUCCUCUUCAAGCGUUCUGGUUGGACCAGUUUGCCCGGGAAGCUCUUUGCUACCCUACUGCGGCGAUCCGGGGCAGUCGUUAUCUAGGCGACAGCUGGGACAUGUUUAGCCACCUCAUGGCGGAC